AUGGAGGCCGAGUCUCAAGCAGAGAACAUGAAUGAGGAACAAACCUACGAAUGGGAAAGCAUAACAACAGAGCUAAACAUCACAAAACCAGUGAAUGAGAUUCAAAUAUGUGACGUCCUAGGCAAGAGUCUCGACAAACUGGGAAAAUGGGAAGCAUUCUACGAAAUGUAUGCGAAACGGAUGGGUUUCGGCACAAGAAAAGAUGAUGUACGACGUUCUCACGGAGUCAUCGUCAUGCGCAGUGGAGGUUACGAGAGAAUGCCAUGUCAACUUCGAGAUGUCUACAACAGGGUUGCUGGUGCCAAGCGAGAAGAAAAGAUAGAGACGGACUCGGAAGGAGCGUUGGGAUUUCUUGAUUGUCUCGCAGAGAGGGAUCCAAAUUUCUUCGUUGUAUAUCAGGUGGACGAGGAGAAUCGAUUGGCUAACUUAUUUUGGGCAGAUGGAAACUCACGUGUCGACUAUGUGGCUUUUGGGGAUGUACUAGGGUUUGAUACCACCUACAUGACAAAUGAGUACAAUAAGCCUCUCACUGUUCUCAUUGGCGUAAACCACCAUUUCAACACAUGCAUCUUCGGGUUCGCUCUACUCCUCCACGAGAAGCUUCCAUCCUAUCGUUGGCUACUUCAAAAAUUUCUCGAAUGCCAUGGAGAUAAGAAGCCAAAUGUUGUAGUUACUGACCAAGAUGUGGCCAUGAAACAGGCCAUCAUGGAACACAUGCCUGAUGUGACACACCGUCUAUGUGCUUGGCAUCUCAAUACAAAUGCUUCCAAAAAGGUUAAAGAUCCGAUCUUCUUGAAAAUAUUUAAAGAUCUAAUGUACAACUACUACGAGGAGGAGGAUUUCGAAGCAAGAUGGUUAGACGUCGUCGAAACCCAACAACUAACAGAUAAUGAAUGGUGCCAAACAACAUUCGACACAAGAAAACAGUGGGCAGAAACUUAUUUAAGGGGUUCAUUCGUUGCAGGAAUGAGAACCACACAACGUUGCGAAUCGAUCAACUCAGCCCUAAAAAAAUUUUUAGAGAAGAAUUAUUGCUUGCGUGAGUUCGUAACAACCAUAGAUAUGACAGUCUCAAAGCUCAGACACAACGAGACUGCAAAUGACUUCAAAAGCAGAUGCACUCGACCUCACCCACCUAAUCCUACAUGCUUGACCACGUACUACAACCAAUGUGCUGAAUUCUACACAAGAACUAUGUACCACAAGGUUGCUGAGCAGCUUGAUUUAGAGAAUAAUUAUUUUGUCAUAAGUGAGGAGCAAGAAGGAGAGUGGCAGAUAUACACCAUUGGAAAGUUUCAGCAUCCGGAAGUCCGAUACCGAGUUCAUUACUGUGAAGGCCAACGAGCACUACACUGUAGCUGCAUGCUAUAUGAAAGUCAGGGGUACCCUUGUAGACAUUUAUGGGCUACAAUGAAAAGAUUAAACAUCAGAAGAAUACCUAAUACUCUUCUCAUGAAGCGAUGGAGCAAAUCCGCGAAGACAAAUCUCCACCUACAUUUUAACCCCCCGGCCCAAGAACAACAACACAUUUAUGAGAUGGCUAGGUUUGGAUCUCUCAGCUCAUUAACUUAUAACUUGACUUUCUAUGCAGCAAAAACAGAGGAUUCGUACACGCGUGCAAAGGAAGAGAUUGAACGGCUAACUCUAAUGUUCAAGGAAGAAUUUGAGAUGAGUUCCAAUCCAGAAGGACAGACGCCACAACCUGGAAGAUAUCGUAACAACCCCAACAUUAUUAAAGACCCUGAAGUUGUGAGAACAAAGGGUACGGGAAAUCCAAGGGAAGGACCGAACGGGGAGCAGAUCCCAAGAAACUCAAGACAUUGUCGCAUUUGUCGCUCAUCAGGCCAUGAUUAUCGGCGGUGCCCAAACCGUCAACAGAAUACUGGAUCUCAGGGGCAACAGUCAGCACACAAUCAACCAACAACUGACUCAUUCAAUGAACACUCCAACGCACAGUCAAAUAUCAACAUGCUUUGUGCGCUAAUGGAAGACAACAUUCUUAGAGAUGUGUAUUGCAGCUUGGAUCGGUACUCAGCUUUUGCAGAGAAUUUUGAAACAAUUGUUUGCUUUUUUGAUUUCCAUGAUAUGAGAGACUUGCCAAGGAAGAUGCAGAAACUAAUGAUCGAUCGUUUAGUGUUUGGACAAGUGCCCCAAUCGGCAUUAGAGAAUGCUUGA